UUGGACAACGUUUGCUACGCGGUGCCGUGCGGACUUCGGCGUGAGCAGCUGGGACGGAGCACCCGAGAAAAACGGGAGGGAAGCCGAAAGAAGCGGAGGAGGCCGACGUCGGCCAUGUCCAAGACGCUGAAGAAGAAGAAGCACUGGUCGGCCAAAGUGCAGGAGUGCACCGUGUCGUGGGGGGGUGGUGCCGGGGGGGAGCUGGCGGCCGUGGUGGAGGUGCUGGGCGGCGCGGAGCUGGGGGAGUUCCCGCACCUGGGGCGGGUGGCGGCGGAGGCGGUGGCGUGCCACGCCGGGAGGUUCCCGUGCGGCGGGGACGUGCUGCUGGAGGUGAACGGGACCCCGGUGAGCGGACUCACCCACCGGGACACGCUGGCCGUCGUCCGCCACUUCCGAGAGCCCAUCCGCCUGAAGACCGUCAAGCCAGGCAAGGUGCUGAAUACUGAUUUGCGUCACUACCUCAGUCUGCAGUUCCAGAAGGGCUCGGUGGACCAUAAGCUGCAGCAGGUGAUCAGGGACAACCUGUACCUGCGCACCAUUCCCUGUACCACUCGGCAGCCCAGAGACGGGGAAGUACCCGGAGUGGACUACAAUUUCAUCACUGUGGGCGAGUUCCGGGAGCUGGAGGAGAGCGGCCUUCUGCUGGAGAGCGGCACGUACGACGGUAACUACUACGGGACCCCUAAACCCCCCGCUGAGCCCAGCCCCGUGCAGCCGGACCUGGUAGACCAGGUUCUGUUCGAUGAGGAGUUUGACACCGAGGUCCAGCGUAAGAGGACCACCUCGGUCAGUAAGAUGGACAGAAAGGACAGCGCUGCUCCUGAGGAGGAAGAGGAGGAGGAGAGACCUCCAAUGGUCAAUGGUGUUGGAGAGCACAAGGACAAGGUGGACUGGAGGAGGACGGUGCCCAGCUACAACCAGUCGGCGGGCAUGGGGAGCAUGGACCCGCGCGUGUGGGGCCCGCCGGACGACAGCCAGGAGCCCCUGCCCAAGAACUGGGAGAUGGCCUACACGGAGACGGGCAUGGUCUACUUCAUAGACCACAACAGCAAAACCACCACCUGGCUGGACCCCCGCCUCGCCAAGAGAGCCAAGCCUCCCGAGAAAUGCGAGGAAGGAGAGCUGCCAUAUGGCUGGGAGAGGAUUGAGGACCCCCAGUUUGGCACCUACUACGUGGACCACAUCAACCAGAAGACCCAGUUUGAGAAUCCAGUGAUGGAGGCAAAGAGAAAAUUGAGCGUGGACACACCCAUCGGAGCCCCGCCGCAGGCAGCUCCUCCCACAGAGGAGCCCGGGAGGCCGGCGGGCGGAUUCACGCGGGACCCGUCUCAGCUGCAGGGCUCCAUCCUGCAGACGGCGCUGAGGAAAAGCCCCCAGGGGUUCGGCUUCACCAUCAUCGGGGGGGACCGGCCAGAUGAGUUCCUUCAGGUGAAGAACGUCCUUCCAGAUGGGCCCGCGGCCCACGACAACAAGAUUGCCUCAGGCGACGUGAUCGUGGACAUCAACGGGACCUGCGUGCUGGGGAAGACGCACGCCGACGUGGUCCAGAUGUUCCAGUCCAUCCCGGUCAACCAGUACGUGGACAUGGUCCUGUGUCGGGGCUACCCGCUGCCGGAGGACUCCAGCAGCAGCGAGGAGGCGCCCGGGGGCGUCGGCGCCUCCAAGGAGGCCUCCCCCUCCCCCUCCGCCUCCACCUCCACGCCGCAGGACCCCCACUUCUCCGUCCCGGACGGAGGGACCCUCUCCAGGCAGGCCGCCUCGGUGCCGGCGCUCAGCAACGGAGGACGCCAGCACCACCACGCUCAUCCCCACCACCACCACCACCAACACCACCACCAACUCCACCACCACGCGCCCCCCGCCCAGACCCAGGAGGGCCCCGACCCCACCCUGCUCCAGCCGGAGCUGGUCGGCGUGCCCCUGGUGAAGGGGCCGGGGGGCUUCGGCUUUGCCAUCGCCGACUGCCCGCUGGGGCAGAAGGUGAAGAUGAUCCUGGACGCCCAGUGGUGCCGCGGCCUGCUCAAAGGCGACGUCAUCAAGGAGAUCAACCGACAGAACGUCCAGACCCUGAGCCACUCCCAGGUGGUGGACAUCCUCAAGGACCUGCCCGUGGGCAGCGAGGUCAACGUGCUGGUGCUCAGAGGAGGUCAGACAUCUCCCGUGAAGUCGCUAAAACCAUGCACGGCUCCCCUGUCCCACACAGUAUCCCAGCCAAGCCUUCACCAGGUACCUCAUCCUGUGCCCCAGCAGCCGCCCGUCCCCAGCUCCCAGCACACUCUGCAGAGGCAGGAGAUGGCAAACAGCACGGAGACCCUCACUCAGCCGGAGGCGCCCCCCAACGCCUUCCCCACAAACGCCGCACGCUCGUCCUCGCCAAAGCCAGACGCGUCUGAGCUCUACCUCAAGUCCAAAGCCCUGUUGGACAGCAAGCCCCCUAAUACCAAGGACCUGGAUGUGUUCAUUAAAAGGAACCAGGAGUCGGGCUUUGGUUUCAGAGUCCUGGGAGGAGAGGGGCCAGAUCAGCCCGUGUACAUCGGUGCCAUCGUCCCUCUGGGAGCGGCCGAGAAAGACGGGCGCCUGCGGGCCGGGGAUGAGCUACUCUGCAUCGACGGCGUGCCGGUCAAGGGCAAAUCCCACAAACAAGUGCUGGAGCUGAUGACCAACGCCGCCCGCAAGGGCCAGGUCAUGCUCACCGUCCGGCGGAAACUGGCCAACGCGGAUGCUGGAGGGGGGGAGGAGGGCAGCCAGCAGCCCCAGCAGGUGGCCUCCGCUCUGGUAAACAGCUCCACCGCCGGGGCGCCCCAGGUGGAGGCGCCCAACACCGCCCAGCCCGCCCCCCCCGCCCCUUCCUCCCGCCCGGAGCGCUUCGACGUCACCCUGCACCGCAAAGACACCGAAGGCUUCGGUUUCGUCAUCCUCACGUCGAAGAACAAGCCCCCGCCGGGAGUCAUUCCUCACAAGAUCGGACGCAUCAUAGCGGGCAGCCCCACCGACCGCAUCGGUCAGAUGAAAGUGGGCGACCGCAUCUCGGCCGUCAACGGGCGCUCCAUCAUGGAGCUGUCGCACAACGACAUCGUCCAGCUCAUCAAGGACGCCGGCAACUCGGUCACCCUCACCGUGGUGCCCGAAGACGACAGCUCUCCACCGUCCGGAGCCAACUCCGCCAAGCAGAGCCCCUCGGCCCAGCACAGAGCCGUAGGCCAGCAGCCGCCCAACCACCAAGACAGGAACGGGGAAUCUGAGGUCAAGGGCUCUGCCUCACCAACCGAGAUGGGAGCGCUCAUCCCAUCAGGCCCCAAGCAGGGCUGCUUCGUGGUGGAGCUGGAGCGCAGCCAGCGGGGCUUCGGCUUCAGCCUGAGGGGUGGGAAAGAGUACAACAUGGGGCUGUACAUCCUGCGGCUGGCGGAGGACGGGCCGGCCCUGAACGACGGCAGGAUACACGUUGGAGAUCAGAUCGUGGAGAUCAACGGCGAGGCCACGCAGGGCAUCACGCACACCCGGGCCAUCGAGCUGAUCCAGGCGGGGGGGGGCAGAGUCCACCUGCUGCUCCGGCCCGGACAGGGUCUGGUUCCUGACCACAGUUCAAAAGACAGAGCGGCGGUCGUGACGUCCAGCUUUCCCAGACCCCCCGCGUCCGACGAGCAGCCCCCGCCCCCCGUGUCCCCCUCGGCCUCCCCGUCCUCCACCAAAACCCUCACCCCCGACGAGCUCUCCGAGGGGGACCCCGGGUCGGGAGGACGGCGGCCGGCCCGCGCCGGCGAGUCCGGUGGUCCCAAAACUGACCGGGCGGAGAGCCCCCAGAGCCCCCGGAGAGCGGGGCGGGCCCCCGCCGGCUCUCUGGAGGACGUGAGCGGGGAGAGGAGCGCCCAGGGCCAGAGGGACCAGCGCUCCUCCAGCCCCAGGAAGGGCCCCAGGAGGGAGCCCGACCCGGCCCCGCCCCCAAAGGACCCGGACCAACCGCAGAGCCCCAGACGCCCGGCCGGACAACAGCCCGGCAGCGCUCAGGCCGGAGACGCCAGGGACAGGAGGCAGAGGCCGGAGGACGGGGACAAAGGCGAGCGGCACAGACGGGGGAAGAGGGCCGAGAGGGAGGCGGGGGACGCCCACACCGGCCCGUCCAAUCAGAGGAGCGGGAGGGAGAAGGCCGACCGGCAGCACGGGGGUCCGGAGGACGGGGGCCGGAGGGAGCCCCGAGGCUCCAGCAGCAGCGUCCAGGACCCCGCCUGCAACGGCAAGAAGGCCUCCAUCACCCCCGGCCCCUGGAAGGUCCCCAGCUCCAACAAGAUCCAGACCAACGCCGACACGCCCUACGCAGACAUCUGA